AUGCGUCCAACCAGGACCCGCGGACUCAUGCAGGCACCUCAGGCUUCUGCACGCCAGGCUACCUCAGGAACCCGCGUCUCAGGCAUAAACCGUCCAGUUAGUGUGCGACAAGGAUACAGUCGUCCAAGCUCUUAUAACGACGCAUUUCAAGCGGCUAAUGUAGCUCUGCAGAAGGCAUACUCUAGAGACUUAACUGCGCAAGUUUGUUUAGAAAUUGAGAAGAUUAUUUCUGACUGUACAGACGACUGUGAUGCUCUAGAUGGUCUCGUGUCCGCUCUAACUGCAAAAUCAGCGCGUACGGGCACUAGGAUGGAGCGGACAAUAACAUGCCAGAGCCUUUGUGCGAUAGCGUCUAGGUUAGGGAAGCUUAGUGGGCUCAUGUGGCCGAAGAUUCUGCGGUACAUAAAUAAGGAGCUACAAUUGCGGGAUGUCUUUGAGGUAGACAGUCACUAUAUGGCAAGUCUUGCGGCAGUGUGUGGUGCAUACACAAAGCAUGUUCUGGAGCCUACAGAUAUCGCUGUGUUGGUUUCGUUAUUAAAAGAUCUGAUUGAGAAAGUGCCACCAAUUAAUAAAGCAGCAGGAAUAAUGGCACUCUCUAGAGUGGUAGAGGAGAUGCACUCCCGUGCACUCUUUGAUCCAAUGGAACACGGCAUACACAUCUCUGAGUAUAUUUGUCAACUAGCGCAGAAAAUAAAGAAAGAUCCGGACGAUCAAGCUCUAUUACAGUCAUGUCUUUUGCUGCAUGCAGUCGUCCAAAUAAGUCCAGAUAUAAUCAGCGUGCCUCCUAUUGCUAGAAAAGUGACUACAUUUGUCACAGAUGGUUGUAAGCACAAAAAUUGGAGAAUUAGGGAGACUUCACUGCGGAUUCUUGAAUCUGAAGACCUCCUAAACAAUCUCCCCUCUACCCUAGUUAGCUCAAUUAUAAAAGUAGCAGAAGAAUGUAGAUAUGAUAGAAUUGAAGCUGUACGCACAGCUGCACGCUUGCUAAUAGGGCAGCUCAAGAUCGAGUUGCCAAAACGUCGCCCACAAAGUGCAGCAGCAAUGUACACUCAAUCACACGAGGCACGUCCAAGGUCAGCUUUCACGAAACGGCUACUGCUGGGUAGGCCAUCUAAUAAUAAUACACUUGUGCCAUGGGUUGAUGCACGGGACAAAGUCGGGAUCACUGUGACUACCCCUAACUACGGAACACAGACAAGUAAGGCAUAUACGUAUAUCCCCAUUAACCCCACAGCUAUUGCCCCUCCAUUUCGAGAGUCUCGUGGACCUGGCCUUGCUCUGUCUUCAACGUCCUCAACUUUGACAGAUAAGAUUGCAUCGGAUGACAGUGACUCGUGUGAUAAAUCUCGGUGUCUACUGAAACUAGUAGGAAAACCACAUUCAUAUACGAAUCGUUCUUCUUCUACCACCGAGUCUGACCACUCCUUGAAGGUACAGACAGCGAUCUAUUGCAAGAGGCCAGACAGUACUGUCGAGUCAUCUUCACAUUAG